GUGUCGAUGAUGCUUACCUCAUGAUGCAUUCGUGGAUGCGAAUCUCUGUUGAUGAUCCAACAAUGACAAGACGUGAAAGAAUAGCCCACAUGCUAGUGGAUGUGGGUCCAUCUGUAACUAUUACCUCAUUGACGAAUUUUCUGGCUUUUCUCGUGGGUUAUUAUACCCCAACUCCAGAAAUUCAGCUAUUUUGUAUAGGCAACGCAGUGGCAAUACUAUUCGAUUACUUUUAUCAGGUAUGAUU